AUGGAAAGGAAUCUCAUUUAUUGGAAUCAUGUAGUGAAUAUGGGUUUUGGUGAAGAUCAAGGAGGCAGAGGAGAAGACUAUGGGAGGUAUCUUACUUCCAAGUUCCAUCUACAGCUCAAUAGAAACCUCAAGGAGGUGAAGUCGUUGCUGUCGGUGAAGGGGGAAUUAUUGGGAAGAACAAAGUUGAUAUCACUGUCCCUACUAGAGCACAAAUCAUUUACUCCAAGUAAUCUGGAACUGAGGUGGAGUUCAACAAUGUGA